GUUAUACGAGCUUCUGGGCCGUUCCAUGUGGCAUUCUUCGUGGUUGUUGUCUUCUUUGGAUCCUUCUACCUAAUCAACCUCAUGUUGGCUGUGGUGGCCAUGGCGUACGAAGAAGAGGCAGACUCCACUGAGGCGAGAGUUUGGGGUAGAUCAGUACGUAUGAUGGAAAAUGAGGCACAAAAGCAAAGGGCAAAGGAUAAAGACCCACUCAAGGAACUAGCUAAUGCAACGAAAGCUGCAGCCAAAUGGAAGCCAGGUGGGAAAGAGAAAUCUGACCUUGGAGAAACAAAAGGAAAGGAUCCGGACAACAAACAAUCCAAUGGGAAGGUUCCUGAAGGAGAAGGGGAAUCGGAGAAAACAGUCAACGGCCAAAACCUGGUAAAAUAUGGCAAAGGGAGGAAGCCUAUGGUGAAAAUGCCAAGCAAGGACAGCGGAUAUUCUGUACAGAGUUCACAAUCUGGAGGCAGUAAGGAGAAAGAUGGAGACACAACCAGCUGGGACAGUAUUGCCAAUAAAACCGCUGAUUCGGGUACCGGUUCUCUCAAUCAUGGUCUCCUUGGGGAAUUGCCGGUUCUACCCUCCAACGCAAAAAGACAGAAUUUGAUCAAACAGCAAAGCACUGACAAUGGUUAUCUGUCAGUCAAACGUCAUUACAAAAUCUCUUCCUCUGCGAUUCACCUUGAAAAAGCUGGUGAAUAUCCAGUGAAAAAGAAGAAAGUUGGACCAGAGAUCAUCUUGGCUACGGGUGACGGCUAUAAACCAGCCCGAGGGAAGGGUCAGCUGAUAGACCGGAACUGCCCCUGCUGUGCAGGGACAAGCAUCUACACCUAUUGGCUCUAUGUCCAGAAUGGUGUCAUGGUUUUUGCAUCGGACCCCUUGUUUGACCUGUUCAUUACAGUCUGUAUUGUUCUCAACACCGUCUUCAUGGCUGUAGAACAUCACGGCAUGUCAGACGAACUCAAGGAGGUGUUACGAAUAGCUAACUAC